AUGCGCAUCCAUGGCGGAGCCUCAACUUUCCGCCGCGUCGUCCAGGACACGACUAUCGCCGGCUUUGAGUUCAAAGCCGGCAGCGAUGUUAUGAUGCCGUAUCGUCAGCUACAUCUCAAUGAAGAAUACUGGGGUGAAGAGCCGACGAAGUUCGGCAUGAACAAGUUCCUUGAGAACCCCAAGCUCUCGAACGCAAGGACCUACAAGCCUUUCGGCGGUGGUGCUACGCUGUGCCCUGGGAGGCUUUUGGCGCAGCAAACUGCUUUGACUUACCUAGCGAUUCUUCUGACGAGGUAUGACAUCGAGGUUGUUGGUGGUUGCAAGAGCCAGACUUUCCCAGAGAUGGAUGACAAGGUGCCUACGUUGGGUAUCAUCUCACCUGUGCCGGGACAGGAUCUGAAGAUAAGGGUCAGGGAUGUCACAGUCGAAUAA